GAUGUCCACGUGCUGGCAGCACGCUAAGCAACAAAAUCUGAACUUGCGAUAUAAGAAACACGAGCGAAACAUUAACAAGAAUACAGCGCGUACAAAUGCAAACAAGUGCUGAGUGCCCAAGUGUGUCAAAAAAUAACUUUUUUUUUUGUGGAAUAUGCAUUACACGUGUAGUUGUUAGAACUAACCAAGUCGGCCUCCCCCACUGACUAGUACUUAGUACUACUAACAAAUGCUAAUGGUCAGCCAAGUGUGCGCUUGGGCACAACAAUGAAGUUAACUGAUUUCGACGGGCCAACUUCAAGCAGUGACGUCAGCCCCCACAAAGGAUGAGGCGUUUAAAAGUUAAAAGCGCAACAACAACAGCAACAACAUCAACAACACCAAUACCUACACCAACACCGACAGCAGCUAUCAUAAGAAACGCCCAACGCCAUAGAACACAAAACAAACUGUAUACAUGCUUUGGUGCAAGGACCAGUCCAAGUCCCUUUCUAAUAUGGCUUCAGCUUACGGUGUUACUGUUUGGGUUGCAACCGCAUUCAGUGCUGGGCAGCAGCCGCAGCAUUGAGGGCACAUCCACCCCAUAUGUAAACGACAGUACGCAUGGUUUCUAUUUUGAUGAGCAGAAUAGUAAUCGCAGUGCCGAAACAUCCAUAAAUGCUCAAGUAUAUCAGUUAACCAGCGAGUUGAAAACAACCACACCACCAUCGACAACGACAACAACACCAAUACGAAAAUCAACAAUAGCAACUGGAAGAACAGCAAGUAACAACAGCAAGGCAGCCACAGCAGCUACAAUUGUCGUCAUCAGUGAAACCGACCAGCCAACAGCAAUUGCCAAUAGCACAACAAUCAAAAUUUUCAGCGCGAAUACGUUGAUGCCCACUGGUCAGUUGACGACCACAACUAAGAAUGCGAGAAGCACUAUAAGGCAGACUAUCGAUUCAUUAAGAACUCGAAAUCAUUGGACUGGAGUCGGCGCCGUUGGAGAUGCGGAUCGUACACGCACAUUUCGCAACAAAUAUCAUCAUGAGAACCAUUAUGGGCCGUUCUUUGAGGAGCCCACAAAUACAAUAGAUCCCGGCAAGACGCUAGUGGCGGCAGUGCAUCUAUUUACAGAAGCGGUGCUCAAUUGUCGCGUGGGCAUGCUUAAGGAUAAGACGGUCAUGUGGGUGCGUCGUACCACCGAGAAGGUCUCCCUACUAACGGUAGGCAACGUUACCUAUAGUGGCGAUCCACGCAUACGCGUUAAAUUUCAAUAUCCCAACAAUUGGCGUCUACUUAUUAAUCCCACUCAACGCGAAGAUGCAGGCAUCUACAUGUGCCAGGUAUCAACGCAUCCGCCACGUGUAUUCACCACAAAUCUAACCAUUUUAGAACCGCCUUUAAGGAUUAUAGAUGAACAUGAGCGAGAUGUGGGCGAUCGUUAUUACAAGUCGGGCAGCACCGUCGACUUGCAGUGCCAAAUAUCACGGAAUUUUUUUCAAAAGGAACGUUACACUAUUCUUAAGUCAACUGAAUUGAAACUAAAUGAUAGCGAAUUGGAGUUCAAUUUGAUUGGCGACACAAAUCAAACCCAUAAAUAUUCCAGUCAAGAGCUGGAAAAAUACUUCACUAAUUUUAUCACCUGGGCUAAGGAUGAGGAGCCAUUGCACGCACUUACUAAUCGACGGUUCAGUAUUUCCGAUAAAUGGCUCAAUAGUCGCAUUUCGGUAACAGAUGCUAAAAUUUCGGAUAGUGGCAACUAUUCUUGCUCGCUUGGUCGCCUCUUUACUGUCAUAGUGCAGGUUCAAGUGCUGACAGGCGAAUUACCUGCUGCAGUUCAACACAAUUCAGCGAAUGUGAAACUUUUGUACUGGGGCCUGACUCUCUUCAUGUUUGGCUUUAAUAUUCUUCAGCGUACUUUGAUUUCGAACAUAAAACUUAUGUUUGCUUGAUGCAUACAUGCCAAAUUACAUACCAUAAUAUACAUAUUUACAUACGUAAAAUAAAUGUCAGCAGAGCGCAAUGCCAAAACCAUAAAUUUUCAAUAUAAAAAAACUCCCGAGAAAUUUCAGUGUGAAUGCUUGAUGCACACAUGCCAAAUUACAUACCAUAAUAUACAUAUAUACAUAAAAUAAAUGUCAAUAGAUCGGAAUGCCGAAACCGUAAGUUUUCAAUAUAAAAAACUCCCGAACAAUUUCUGUGCGAAUGCUAACAACAGUACACAUAACAUAUAU